AUGGAGGCGCCAGAGAGGAAAAAGCUGAAGCUAAAGAUUAGUCGGAAUCCGUCUUUCUCUAGCAGCGGCCCUGGAUCUGCCAACCCGUCGAGCGCUAUUAUCUCUUCGCAACAGGUCGCAACGCCGGACCAGAUGUCGCCUGUGCUUCGUCAAGGACAAUCGUCCUUAAGCGGAAUGUCUCCGAGCGGCUCUUCCGCAGACGCAGCGAUCAUGCCACCACCUGCAAUACCACCUACUCCCACCGAAAACAAGACACAUAAGAUCAGGCUGUCCUUCAGCAAGAGCCAGCCUUCGACACCUAUAUCCGAGACGCCACCAACGAGGAAGCCUCUUCCGACCAACAGAACAGCUCUGCCCGCCGCGCCGCCGCCGGGCGAGGCACCAGCCCCACUGACUAUGACCAAGGCCGGGCGAACGUCCAAACCCACUGCGAAGAAGCGCGCCAAGGCCGACGCCGAUAGUGGCGAUGAGGCUCAGACGAAUGGAAAUGCUCAGCAGCCCGCGAAGAAGAAGAUGAAAACCAUCAAGUUGAAGUCAGGCCCCGACGCCCCCAAUGCCCGGAGAACCUCGUCGUUCAGGAUCGCUAUCAAGGAUUCUCACAAGUCGACGUUCUAUCGAGAAAAUGGCUCAGGCUACGAUUCAGAGAUGGAAGAUGCUGAGGAGGAUCCCAUCAUAGAAGAGCAAAUCGUACUGCGCAUGAUGGAAGGUCCGGAGUGCGACUAUAUCAAUUCAUGCCUUGACAAUAAAAAGUUCCCCUCCGGAGGCAUGGAUUUCAAAUUGAGAUGGAUCAACGAGCGAAGGGCGGUUGUUACAGUCCAAGGUCGCAUGUAUGCCGCUGUUCUUGUCGACAUGCCGACGAUAACAGAAGGGAUGAAGACAUGGGACAAAAAGCUCAUGGUCAAAUCUGCAGAUAUCUCUCAGAUGCUCCUGGUCUUUGCUCGAGUCAAUGACGAGGCUUCGGCAAGGAUAGCAGAGCUUCCGAAGGUCAUUUUCGAUGGGCACAGGUGGCCACACGGUCUGACACCACCGAUGCACGAUGCGGUUCAUCGCAGAUUCCGCAAGCGUUUGCACAAGAGCGAGAUCCUCAACAAAGAACAAGAAGUUCAGAGACUCCUACAGGCAGACAAGAACGCUAUUGAAACCAAGUAUGAAUGGAUUGAUGAACGGAGGGACACGAUGCAGGCUGGCACGCCUGAUCUGGAUCUGCAGGAUGCUGAGGGAGAAGAGGAUGCGGAGGGCGAGAUUGAUGACGGUUGGGACAUGGGAGCGAACGAUAUCGACAUGAUCGACGCUGAUAUAGAGGCUCAGCUCGAGGCAGAAUUGAACGACCUUGAACCGGAGAUGGCGACUCCAAUUCAAGAAGGCGCUACCCCGGCAGCUCUUGCUCCCGACACACCCGCGGCCGGAGCUGAGGCUGCAGAAGGUAAAGAUGGGGACGGAGCUUCAGUCGAGGGCGAAAGCGCGGAAGACUACGAUGAUGACGAUGACGAUUCAGACGACGAUGUCAAUGAUGAAGAGAAGGAGCGCCGUGAACAAGUCAGAGGUGUCCGCGAGGAUGUCAGAGACAUCGAAAAACAGAUUAGGGCUCUGGAGAGCGAGCUGGCCACCAAGACUAACCAAAUUUUAAGGAGACGUAUAGAAGCCAGGAUCAAAGGCCACAAGGAAGACCGGCAAUUGAAGCUUGCUUCUAUUGGAGAGGUACCGCCUGAGGACCAAGAUCAGGAUGAGUGA